AUGUUUUCUCUUCUUCGUUUGUUUGUUAUUUUAGUUAAUUCUCAUUCGUUACCCAAAUUUUAUUUCUUUGAGUUCUUUCUGUCUUUUCCCUCUUUUGUUUCCAUGUAUACUUUCUUUCUUUCUUUCUUUCUUUCUUUCUUUCUUUCUUUUCUUUCUUUCUUUCUUUUGUUUCAUAUAUACUUUCUUUCUUUCUUUCUUUCUUUUGUCUUUCUUUCUUUCUUUCUUUCCUCUUUGUUUCCAUUUCUUUCUUUCUUUCUUUCUUUCUUUCUGUCUUUCUUUCUUUCUUUCUUUUCCCUCUUUUGUUUCCAUGUAUACUUUCUUUCUUUCUUUCUUUCUUUCUUUCUUUCUUUCUGUCUUUCUUUCUUUCUUUCUUUCUUUCUUUUCCCUCUUUUGUUUCCAUAUAUACUUUCUUUCUUUCUUUCUGUCUUUCUUUCUUUCUUUUUCUUUUUGUUUCAUAUUCUUUCUUUCUUUUUCUUUCUUUUUUCCCUCUUUUGUUUCCAUGUAUACUUUCUUUCUUUCUUUCUUUCUUUCUGUCUUUCUUUCUUUCUUUCUUUCUUUUCCCUCUUUUGUUUCCAUAUAUACUUUCUUUCUUUCUUUCUUUCUUUCUGUCUUUCUUUCUUUCUUUCUUUCUUUUCCCUCUUUUGUUUCCAUAUAUACUUUCUUUCUUUUUCUUUCUUUCUUUUUCUUUCUUUCCCUCUUUUGUUUCAUGUAUACUUUCUUUUCUUUCUUUCUUUCUGUUUUCUUUCUUUCUUUUCCCUCUUUUGUUUCCAUAUAUACUUUCUUUCUUUCUUUCUUUCUUUCUUUCUGUCUUUCUUUCUUUCUGUCUUUCUUUCUUUCUUUCUUUCUUUCUUUUCCCUCUUUUGUUUCCAUAUAUACUUUCUUUCUUUCUUUCUUUCUUUUCCCUCUUUUGUUUCCAUGUAUUACUUUCUUUCUUUCUUUCUGUCUUUCUGUCUUUCUUUCUUUUCCCUCUUUUGUUUCCAUGUAUUACUUUCUUUCUUUCUUUCUUUUCCCUCUUUUGUUUCCAUGUAUUACUUUCUUUCUUUCUUUCUUUUGUCUUUUUCUUUCUUUCUUUCUUUUCCCUCUUUUGUUUCCAUGUAUACUUUCUUUCUUUCUUUCUUUCUUUCUUUCUUUCCCCUCUUUUGUUUCCAUAUAUACUUUCUUUCUUUCUUUCUUUUCCCUCUUUUGUUUCCAUGUAUACUUUCUUUCUUUCUUUCUUUUCCCUCUUUUGUUUCCAUGUAUACUUUCUUUCUUUCUUUCUUUCUUUUUCCUUUCUUUCUUUUCCUUUUGUUUACUUUCUUUCUUUCUUUCUUUUUCCCUCUUUUGUUUCCAUGUACUUUCUUUCUUUCUUUCUUUCUUUUUCUUUGUCUUUCUUUCUUUCUUUCUUUUUUCCCUCUUUUUGUUUCCAUGUAUUGCUUUCUUUCUUUCUUUUUCUUUCUGUCUUUCUUUUCCCUCUUUUGUUUCUUUGUUUCUUUCUUUCUUUCUUUUUCUUUUUCUUUCUUUCUUUUCCCUCUUUUGUUUCCAUGUAUACUUUCUUUCUUUCUUUCUUUUUCUUUUUGUUUCUUUCUGUCUUUCUUUCUUUUCCCUCUUUUGUUUCCAUGUAUACUUUCUUUCUUUCUUUCUUUUCCCUCUUUUGUUUCCAUGUAUUACUUUCUUUCUUUCUUUCUUUUUUUUUCUUUUGUUUCCUUUUUCUUUUCUUUCUUUCUUUUCCCUCUUUUGUUUCCAUGUAUACUUUCUUUCUUUCUUUCUUAUUUUUCCCUUUCUUUUGUUUCCAUGUAUUACUUUUCUUUCUUUCUUUUUCUUUCUUUCUUUCUUUUCCUCUUUUGUUUCCAUGUAUUACUUUAUUUCUUUCUUUCUUUCUGUCUUUCUGUCUUUCUUUUCUUUUCCCUCUUUUGUUUCCAUGUAUACUUUCUUUCUUUCUUUCUUUUCCCUCUUUUGUUUCCAUGUAUUAAUUUCUUUCUUUCUUUCUUUCUUUUCCCUCUUUUGUUUCCAUGUAUUACUUUCUUUCUUUCUUUCUUUCUGUCUUUCUGUCUUUCUUUCUUUUCCCUCUUUUGUUUCCAUGUAUACUUUCUUUCUUUCUUUCUUUCUUUUCCAUCUUUUGUUUCCAUGUAUACUUUCUUUCUGUCUUUCUUUCUUUUUCUUUUUUUCCCUCUUUUUUCUUCUUUUUUUUCCCUCUUUUGUUUCAUUAUACUUUCUUUCUUUCUUUCUUUCUUUCUGUCUUUUCCCUCUUUUGUUUCCAUGUAUUACUUUCUUUCUUUCUUUCUUUCUUUUCCCUCUUUUGUUUCCAUGUAUUACUUUCUUUCUUUCUUUCUUUCUUUCUUUCUUUCUUUCUUUCUUUCUUUCGUUUACAUUUCAACGGUCUCUUUCUUUCUUUCUUUCUUUGUCGUUUUUCCAUUUCCCUUUCAACAGUCAUUCGAUCGUCGCUCAAAACGCCGCGGGAUCUCGUUAUUUUUUCGCCUAAAUAUAUCCCGGGAAACUCAAUCCGGUCUCGGCUAUGGCCUUGUUCGUCUAUCUUUCAAGCCGAGAGCUGGUCAGUUGACGGCAUCUGUUCACGAUCUAGUCGGUCUGAUAUACAAGAAACCGUUUUCGCGCCAGUUUCUUCGAGUGUUCAAGCGAACUGAUUUAGUUCCUUCCGGUUGUCUGACGUCAAAAUGGGCGGACGAAGUGAUUGACCAUAGCCGCCUCUUCAUUCUUUCAAUGUCAGUGCCAAAUUAUAUCCGGGUACUGUGGCUUGCCAAGUUAUUAUAUGGUCGGUGGCUAGAGGUAACAACGAAAUAA